AGUCUAAUGUAUCAGCUAUUAUUAUAAGCUCUAUGAAUUUUAUAAUAAUAGAUGAUACUUAAAGACUAAAGUUCAGUAAAUAAAUGUUUUCUUACUUAUCAUCUUUCCAUUCGUGUCUAUUUUGAUGGUCUUAAGUAUAUUAACGCUUUGUAAACAACUCCAGCGUUAACCCCUAACCGCGUACCAGCUUAAGUAGAUAUUCAUUUAAUCACAUGGCAGAGUGCACAUGAUCAAAGUCGCGCAUCCCAGCCGUAUAUGCGCGAUCGUCUGUGAUGGCAAAUUCAAUGAAUUAACACACGUGACACACUUGCUCGAAAUUUAGAUCAACGUAAUAUAUGAUUUGCUUUAUAUAUUUCAACCCUUACUACCGAGAUUAGAGUAACAUAUUUUUUUAAUGUUAUCUUGUGCCUCAAAACUUCCUAAAGAAGGUAUGAAGCAGGUAGGUAGGUACUUAUACCAUAAGAAGGAUACCUACAUCAUACCUGGUAUACUAUAUCAGGUAAGUAGGUAGCCAUCAUGGCAACAACGCCUACCUACGCUAGAUAAAUUAUCACGCUUUGGAUUAUAUUUUUUUUAAAAAGAUAAAUAACCUCUAUAGAUUUCCCACAACUGAGGAAUGUAAAUAAGAAAAGUAUGUCUUUUUGAUAUGUUUUUUAAUAACUAUUGCUUUGACAUUUAUACUUCAUAAGUUUUUAUCGUAGGUAUUUUUAUAUAAAUAAUUUAGCUACUUAAAUACAUAUAAAGUAACAAUGGGAGAUGAAGAAGAAGAGGGAGGGUUUGGUGGUAUGUAUGAAGAUGGACAUUGGGAAUGGGAUGAUAAUACAGAGUCGCUUGUGUUUGUAAGCGAUUUGCCCCCGAAGCCGGUCGAAGCAAUCCAAAUAUUAACUAAAGCACCCACCGGUACGGUAGAGUUUAGAGAUGACGUUGACUUGAUUGAGCAGAUUCGAUUUCGAAGGCGCUACCAAAGAAAGGUGAAACCAGGGCAGGAAGAAAUUAUUAGCUUGCAGGACGUAAAAGAUAUAGCACUUUUUACAGCGCCUGUGAGUAUAUUGAGCCCAAUGCUGAUAAACAUACUUCAUCUCCCGACUACGGAAAGAUUUAUUCGGGCACUUGUACUUUGCUGCCAAUAUUAUUUGCAGAUAGCGGAGGAAAUGACAAACCGCAUAAUUGAAUUGGAGAAGAAGGUGCGUACUCCUGACUGCGAGAUUCUUGAAAGAGAGUACCGAGAUAAUUUGGCGGAUUUACGACUUCUAGUCGCAAAAGAAUAUUGCAUCAUGCUUAUUGGUGGUGGCGAUACUCGAAAAUUCCAUCAUAUGGGGCCGCAUAAGAAACGGCGGUCACUAUCAGAUAAGGAUGCUCGACUAUUUGAAACGUUCCUACGUAUGUGUGUUCAAAUUGUAUGGCUUGCAUUAGGCCGCAAAUCAUUCAAUCAGAUUGAACUAGAAGUAAAUAGAAUAUUUAAGUCGGAGAUAUUUAAUGCAGUAGAGCACACGCUGCAAACAGGAUACGUAGCUAAAAUGUCUAAAGAGGAACGCGCAGUUUUGUUGGGUCACUGCGUGCGUCACGACAAGAAGCUUAAUACUCGUUCGCCUCUCGUAAAUGAAGUAUUUUGCCACAGAGUAAUAGACUAUCGCAUGAUGGGUCUAGGUGUUAUUAAAUGUUCGCAGAUGUCGUCUCGUCUACAGUAUAUGUUAAUAGCCAUAGCCGGAGAAGAAGAAAUAUUCAAGGAAAUGGGAGUAGUAUUAGGAUUAAUUGGAUUACCAAGAUCUGCAUUUGAUACUAUGUUACGACCGCUACCAACUGCUACUGAAACAGGAAAGUCAAAGGCUUCCAUGUCUUCGACUAGUGGUUACAGUUCUAAAAGUAGUGGAUCUAUGAGAAAAAGUACCAUCGCAGCUCAAAAGUUGUAUCCUGAUAUAGUGUUACCAAGAAAGGAAUCUAAAGAAGUAUACUUUCCACCUGCAUUCCCGGAGGAGCCUGAAACGAUUCGUCCAUGCAGCGAAACUCAACGUCGUCGUUGGCUGAAUAGGCUAACAAAACUUUUGUAUCCACAACAAACAGGGCAUUAACUGUUGACUAAUUAAGCACUGACUCUGGGGUUGCAGGCCGUUUGUAUUUAAUCUUUAAUUGUUGGGUAUUAGCUUAAUUAUUUCAAUGGCAGUUCAAAGAUGGCACUGCUUCAAUGUUACGUUAUGUCUUUAUUUGGUAAUUUUCUACAAUAUAUAAAUAUUAAUACCUGA